GUCGCCAAAAACCUUCAAAAGCACUAUAUCCCUUUGAUAGGAUUUACAGCACAAACAAGAUUCGCUUCCACUUAUUUGAAGGGAGCUGAGUCUCAACAAAUCAACACUACAAUUGGAUACCAACUCUCACAAAAUGCCAGAGAAAUGCCUCACGCCAAUGCUUUGAAGUGUACUCACCAAAACGUCAACUGGUCAUAUUCUACUCUUAAAAAACAUGUGGAAGCUUUGGCUUGUGGAUUAACUGAAAUGGGUCUUAGACCUGGUGAUAGAUUGGCUUUGAAUCAAGGAAUGAACGCCGAACAACUUGUUACUCUCCUUGCUUGUGCAAAGAUUGGUGCUAUCUUGGUUCCUCUCCCAGAAAUUAAAACAGCCAAAGAUAUGACUCGAUUCAUGGAAUUAGUUAGACCAAGAGUUUUGGUAUCAUCUACAAAGAUCGGAAACAGAAACUACUACAAAAUGAUCAGAGAAGUUGUUCCAGAAUUAAGUUUGUCAGAAUUACAUCUUCCAUUCAAGUCUAAAAAGUUCCCAUUCUGUAAACAAAUUCUUUUCACUGAUAUCAAGGAAAAGCCAAAAGAAGGAACUUAUCAAUUGAAGGAUGUUUUGGUUUAUGGUCCAUUUGGAUACUAUGAAUCUCCUCUCCGUAGAAUUGCUAUGGAAUUGGAACCAAAUAACCCAAGUUUGAUUUUAUUUAAUGACAAGAAUCCAGACAAGGCUACCACCACUGUUUAUUCACACAAGAAUCUCCUCAACGCUGGUUCUACAGUUGCUAAGGCUCUUAACUUGAAACAAGGUGACCGUGUUAUGGUUCCAAAAUACUCUACAACUCCAUCCGGAGCUAUUUUGGGCAACUUUGCCUCCUUUGUUUCUGGUGGUGUUAUUGUUUAUCCAUCUGAAGAAUACAAUAUUGCUACUACACUUUCUCUCUUGUCAAAGGAAAAGUGUACUACUCUCUUCACUGAACCACAAGAUUUGGAUGAUUUAUUGAAUCAUGCUGAUUUCUCAAAGAAUACUUAUGAUGAUUUGAAGAAUGUUGUUAUUUGUGCUCCUCUUGGAUUUGAUUCUACUACUGCUCUUGCUUUGAUUAAACAAAAGUUACCACAAGUCACAAACACUUUGGUUGUUUCUGGAUUAGAAGAAUCAUCAGGAGUUUUGACAAUUAACGGACAACUUGUUGACAAUACUGAAGUUAAGAUUGUUGACGGUACUCUCCAAAUUAAGGGACCUUUGGUUGCUAAUGGAAAAUGGCAAGACAUAGGCCAUGUUGGAUUUGAAACUAACCAAGAUGGAUGGGUUAGUACCAAAUAUCAAAAGGCAAAGAUUGAAGGUAGCCAAUUGACUCUUUAAAUCUCUUUACGGAAACACUAAAUAAAAAAUUAAGGUAUUUUAUUC